AUGUCGACCACCACAAUCACCUCCACGCAACAAGACCACGCUCAAGUGCUUUCGGUCAGCAGGUCCUCGUCCCAUACCAUAUCCAAAUCCCCCGCUCCUUCCAUCACGUUGGUGGCCGGACUGGGGGUUCAGGGAGACUGUCAUUCGGGGCGAAACGUACAGCAUCAGUCGCUUCGUCAUGCCAACCCUGGGGCGGUUAACCUACGCCAGGUCCACCUCGUCUCGACCGAGAGCCUCCAACAAGUUUCUGCCAAGUUAACCAGCGCGAACCCUCUGUUAGCCGGCGAGAUUGGGGAGAACGUGACGACCGAGGGUAUUGAUUUACCAACCCUCCCGCGGGGAACUGAACUACACUUUGUCGACGAUCAAGAAUCCGGUGAUCGAGCAAUUGUUGUGCUCACAGGCCUGCGCAAUCCGGGCCCGGGGAUUGACAAGUGUCGACCUGGACUGAAAGACCAUUUCACCAUUCGCUACGAAGGGCACAGGGUUGCCAAGCACCUCGCAGGUGUCAUGGCAACGGUGAAACAAGGCGGAGUGAUCAGGCCAGGGAUGACCAUCAAGAUCAUUCGACCUGCACAGGCUGACCCUCUUCCGGUUAUCUGA